UUAGGCUCCGGCUUCCCGCGACCCUGUAUGAGACAAGUGGCUCUGACGAUGUGUGAAGAAAUGGAAAGUAAUGUCAGAGCCAUUUAUUCUAUUAGGGCUCGAUGAGGCUUAUGUCCUAAUUUGUACGAGGGGAGGAGGACGUAACUUUUCUUUUUCACGUCACUCUUAUCGCACAGAUCCGAGCAGAUGAUGCUUCACCUGAGUUCCGGCAGAACUGUAGAGUUAUGUCACAGCAGGACUGAUGAAAACUGUCGAAGAGUCAGAGUCGAGCGGGGAUUCGGCCCGAGUGCCGAGUCUGUCACGACUGCCGUGACGCCGCGUUAACCGCGCAGUGAAAAAUUAACGGGGGGGCGCGGUGUGGCGCGCGCUCUCAGGAGUUCCGUCCGCGAUGAACUGCAGCAACAGGAGUGCGGAGCGCGAGCUGGCGGAGCGCGCCUCCUUGUGCCGGGACUCGGCGAUUCUUUUCACCUUUGUUAAAGUGGCCGUUCUGGGAUCCGUUUUCUCUCUGGCCACCGCGGGCAACGCGCUCCUCCUCUACGUGCUGUGGAGGAAGCGCCGGAGGAAGACCAGGAGCCAGCUGUUCCUCCUCCACCUGUGCCUCGCCGACCUGCUCGUGGCUCUCUUCCAAGUUCUGCCGCAGCUCUCCGUGGAAAUAACGCGCCGCGCCAGGGGCUCCGAGCUCGCGUGCAGCAGGGCUCUCAAGUACGUGCAGCUCGUGGGGAUGUUCGCGUCCACGUACACGAUAGUGGCGAUGGCCGUGGACCACUACUACCACGCCGCGUGCAGACACGCGGUCUCCUUCUUCACCACGGGCUCGUGCCGCAGGUACACGGCGAUCGGCGCCGCGUGGGCCAUGUCCUUCGCGUUCAGCGCUCCGCAGCUGCUCCUCGUGCUCUCCGUGCAGGACGCGGCGGGGCAGCGUGCGCAUCACUGCUGGGCCACCUUCGCGGAGCCCUGGGGAAAUAAGAUAUACGUAACUUGGCUGACCCUGUCCGUCUUCGUUCUGCCUCUGCUCGUUCUGCUCUUCUGCCAAGUGAAAAUGUGCAGAGGCAUCUAUUCCAACAUGAAGAGAAAGGCGCUGCCGUCCGACGCGAGCCAAGCGCGAACGUGCUCCAGGGCCGUGUCCAGUGCCGCGCUCAAGACGCUCAAGAUGACCUGUGUUGUUACCGUCCUUUACACUCUGUGCUGGAGUCCCUUUUUCGUCCUUCAGCUGUGGAGCGCGUGGAGUCCCGGCGGUGCCCCCGCGGACGGCGCCACAUUCGGCAUAAUAAUGCUGCUGGCCAGUGUGAACAGCUGCAUGAAGCCCUGGGUCUACCUGUACUACAGCUAGUGGUCAGUGCAUGAACACGGUGCGUACCUGUCAGUGACGUCACUGGGGGGUGCGGGGGUGCGGAUCGCACCAUCAGAGGGAGUGACGCCAAACUGGUUGUCUAUAAAACUUUUGUGCAGUGUUUCAGCAGAAAGGUAUUAUUUUUAUAAAAAUAUCCCUGUUUUUCAUU